AAAGUAGUCUAAUUUAAAAUUUAAAUUGAAAUAAUGUAUCCAAGUUCUAGUUGCGACAAGCAACGUAAAAAAAGUCGGGAGGGCUUGACAUGGAGUGAGUCGGUGGUUCGAAGACGUCGAGCAAUUGCCAGAUCAGAGUCUGAUUCUGACACUGAGGCUCCCACUCCUCCACCCUUCCCAUCGGAGUGUCUAGUCCCAACACGUUUGCCCCAGCGCACAGAGAAAAAAUGCAGCCACUGUUCAUUUCCAAGAUCCAACACUUCGUUGAGACAGUCUAGCAAGUCUUAUUCUCCGAAAGAUACAGUGGAGAAGAAAACCAGCAAUGUGACUUUGCAGCAGUUGGAGACAAAGCUGUACAGUGCUGAACUGGAAAACGUGAUGAACACGGAGAAGCUGGAGAAGGUAGAGAAACGUCUACGCAGAGCUGCACAGCUGUGCGAGGCAUUGUUGUUGUAUGUUCAGGGUGUCGACCUCCAAGUGCGAGCUGCGGCCAGGGCCACUCAGCUAAUGGGCAGCUUGGCCUACAAAGACCUCAGCUUGACAGGUUCUCUCGUACAAGCCUUGGACAAAGUAACACAAGAUACAAGUAUAUUGGAGAGACUCGAGGAGAUACAGAAUGCAUUGUCUCAUGCUAACGAGAUCCCAGAACAUUUGCACCAACUGGACGAUGAGUUUGAAGAGAAACGUAGAAAUUACACAAAAGCGUCAAACAGCUUUGGUCGUUAUCUGCGGGCUGGAUGUAAUGUCUCCAGUGGUCAGCUUCACAAGUACGAAAACCAGUGGGAUUCACUGCGUGGAGAAUACGAACGAAGCAGGAAACGGUUAGAGUACGAGUAUUCUAAACUGAUAGAUGACCGAAACGACGUUCUGGAGUUCUGCUUUUCAAAGUUGGGUCCAAUCCAGGAGAAACUGGUCGAGCAGGAUGAUAAGUUUUCAGUUUUGUCAAAGGAAACUGCGAAAAGCCUUCGGGAGCAUCAGAAACAUAGCAGACAAGCCGUUUCUCAGACACAGAACUCAAAAACUCAUCGUUAG